AUGAACGAUUUAUUUUCUAAUUCGUUUAAGCAAUAUCUAGAUUUAAAGAAACAAGCAUACCUUGACGACAUAGAGGGUGGACAGGGUGGGGGUGGUGUCCAAAAUGAAACAGUUGAUCUUGACAAGUUCUUCAACGACGUCGAGAAUGUGAAACAAGACAUGAUGAUUGUUGAAAAUCUCUACAAAAAGCUACAAGAUUCAAACAAAGAGAGCAAGACGAUCCAAAAUGCCAGUAAGAUGAAGCAGCUCAGAUCCAAGAUGGAUUCAAAUUUCACACAAGUGUUAAAGCAUGCAAAAAACAUCAAGGGAAAGCUAGAAGCCCUUGAAAAGUCUAACCUUGAACACCGGAAAAUCGCAGGUUGUGGACCUGGGUCGUCGGCUGACCGGACCCGGACAUCCGUCGUCGGUGGUCUGGGUAAGAAGCUCAAGAUCAUGAUGGAUGACUUUCAGGCGUUACGAGUUGAAAUCAACGAUGAGUACAAGGAGACUAUGGGGAGAAGAUACUUCACCAUCACCGGUGAGAAACCCAAUGACGAGUUAAUUGAUAGUUUGAUAGCUAGUGGAAAAGCAGAAGAUUUUGUUCAGAAAGCAAUCCAGGAACAGGGUCGAGGUGAAAUCGUGGACACGAUCUCCGAAAUCCAAGAAAGACACGAUGCAAUUAUGGAAAUAGAGAAGAAUCUGAUCGAACUACACCAGAUCUUCUUGGACAUGGCUGUGUUAGUUGAGGCUCAAGGACAACAACUGAACGACAUCGAGAGUCAUGUGGCCCAUGCAAGUUCAUUUGUCCGACGUGGGAUAGAUCAAUUGGUGGAAACAAAAGACUUGCAAAAGAGUUCCAGAAAAUGUACUUGUAUUGCCAUCGGUCUCAUCCUUAGUAUCGUUUUCGUUUUCAUUUUGUUUUGCUCGCUUCAGUUAUCAAGAUUCUAA